GACAGGCUCGCGGUAGUGAUUGGCUGAGAGGGAGAGCGGGGCGGGGCUAGCGCGGUGAUUGAGGUUUUUAGAAGCAUGUUUACAGCGCCACUGUCAGAACGAGGGCGAGGGACAGAAAGCGGAGAGGAUUGUUCCUGAGAUCAUAACAAGGUCCUCGAGUCCCAGAUGACCGACUUGCAGCUCCCUCGUGUGUGUGCGGUGGAGUUUCUGCAGCUGUGAGGUGUGAUGUAACUCCAGCUCCAGCUUCAAAUCGUUCCUCAGUGAUGAAAAGCGAAGCUGCCGUGUGACCGGUCUGUAAUUUCAGGUGGACAGGUGAGCAAACACUGCCGGACUGGUGACGUCACACCGCACUACACCGUGCCGGUGUACAUGUUGUUCCCAAACUCCUCAGGAACCAUCUGACUGGUUGAGCUGGACGAGCGCUCGUUCUUUCCGUCACCGCCAUCGUCAUCAUGGGCGCGAUGGCUGAUCCUGAACUCGUCGACCGCCCCCCAGUCACGCCGUUCAUCACCCAGAGCUCCAUUCCUCCUCUACCUCGUACUUCUUCAAGGUCAGGUAACCGUCCCCAGGCGCUGUGGCCGCCGCUGGACUUCACUCUGGGUUCUCUGGCGUGCUGCGGCGCCUGUGUGUUCACCAACCCGCUGGAGGUGGUGAAGACUCGUCUGCAGCUGCAGGGGGAGCUGCAGGCGCGCGGCUCGUACCAUCAGCACUACCGAGGGGUGCUGCAGGCUCUCUGGCUGGUGGGACGCACCGACGGCCUGCGCGGCCUGCAGAAGGGCCUCGCCGCCGGACUGCUCUACCAGGGGCUCAUGAACGGCGUCCGGCUCAGCUUCUACUCCUACACACAGGUCUCAGGGAUCAGCGACGUGCCGGGGGGAAACGUGGCGUCAGGGGCGGCCGCUGGGGCUUUAGGGGCCUUCAUCGCCUCUCCGGCUUACCUGGUAAAGACACACCUGCAGGCACAGUCUGUGGAGGCCAUCGCUGUGGGUCACCAGCAUAACCACCAGGGAAUCUCCAGCGCCUUCGCUACGAUAUACAGGCGUGAGGGACUGAUGGGUCUGUGGCGGGGCGUGAACGGCGCCGUGCCGAGGGUCAUGGUGGGCUCGGCAGCUCAGCUCGCCACCUUCAGCUCGUCCAAAGAGUGGCUCACACACACACAGUGGUUCAGUCCGGACAGCUGGCUCAUCGCUCUGAUGGCGGCUAUGGUUAGCGGCGUUGCCGUGGCGAUCACCAUGACGCCGUUCGACGUCAUCAGCACGAGGCUUUACAACCAGCCUGUGGACGAGUUGAGGAAGGGUCGGUUCUACACCGGGUUCCUGGACUGCCUGGUGAAAGUGAGUCGUACGGAGGGGGUUCUGGGUCUGUAUAAGGGGAUGGGUCCCGUGUUCAUGCGCCUGGCGCCUCACACCGUGCUCAGCAUGCUGCUGUGGGACGUCCUGAGGCAAAAAGCUCUGCAGCACUACGCGCUCUGAGGAGAUCCUCAUCACACCGCUGAGGGUUCUGCUCGGUCCUGCAGCCUCGCUUCGUUCAGCUCUGAUGCGGGGAAUUCGGGAAUCUCACACGCGGCGUGAACGUCUGAGGAAAAGCGCCGAGUUCUUCCUUUCUCUCUCCUAGAACUCUCUCUGGAAUCAAAAGCUUCUAGAGUUCUCCUCAUGGAUGUUUAAUGUGAAGACAUGAAAAUAUUCUCGCCGUUCAAUUGGCAAAAGUUGUUAGAGCAACGGUUGCUAGGCGACUGGGAAAGACGGACACAAGCACAAGCUGAUCAUGACCGAAGCUAAGAAUUUAGCUAGCUGGUACAUACACACAGUGACGGUAGAAAAGAGAGAAUAUUCACAGACAUCAACAGUUCCCUCAGAUGUGUUGAUAAAUUUACUAACAAAAGUGUGUGUGUGUGUGUGUGUGUGUGUGUGAAAUUAAAAAUUUAGCAUCCACUGCUAAACUAAACGUAAUGAUGAGAAAUGCUAACAUCAGGUCUCAUUUAGGACACUGGAUACGAAGGAAUCUAUUCGUAAAUCUUUCUCAGGAGCUUUUACACACGAAAUAUAGUGAUGAAAAUCCAGUUAAUUGUGAAAAUCAAAUCGUUUCCUACGUUUCUCUCCUGAAUUCUUGUACAUUUGCGUAUAAGGAAAUUGUCGACGAGUUCCUGUGAUUUUAUAAACGGAUUACGCUGUAAAGCUUAAAUCACUUCUUUAUUUCACUCGGCAUUUUGUGAAACUCAGUUCAAAUUCAAAUCCAUAAAUUAACCUUGUAAAAGGAGCAGGAGUUAGUGUGUGUCUGUGGUAGCUGCAGUGGCUGAGCUGCAUUAUUGGAAGAUUUAGCACACGCUGCAGUUAGGGGGCGCUGUUUCACCGUUCAGACGUCGUUUUUCACUCUGUGAGCUGUUACGAGUUAUGAGUUUUGUGGGCGUGGUUAAAUGCAAAUGAGCUGCGUCAGGAACGUGCUUGGUAAUUUACAGCUGAUUUAAGUUUAGCAAGAAAAUCAGAGAGAAACGUUUGAAAAUCUUUCGGGGAGAUUUUAGUUCAGUUUGGUGAAAACAUUUACGAUAUGAACUCAGGAGGAUUCAGAAAUUCCAGCUGCGGUUAACGGUUUAGUCUUGAAAACUACGUGUGUGUGUGUGUGUGUCUGUGUGUGUGUGUGUGUGUCUGUGUGUGUGUGUGUGAACACAUUUACUCGUGUGAAAUGAUAUAAAAGUCACGAAGGACUGAACACGCUGUAGUUUUCUGCGUGACGCUGCUUCAGCUCUGGCGCUGUGCGUCAUGCGUUAAAGACUGUUACGUGAUUUUUUUUUUCUUUUUAAUUUUUUAAUUAACAAACAGAAGACUGAUAAAACCUAAAAAAAAAAAAAAAAAAAACACUUAAACCCGGUGGAAUGCUGUAAGAUUCAUGAAGAAAUAUUUUAAAAGCUGAACAGAAGUGUUUCUGAGUGAAUGUGUGAAAGUGGAACUAAUUCCUUGUAUUUUUUUAAAGAAUUUAAUCUGAUAUAAAACGGUUCGUUUUAAGACGUGCUGUCGUCUGGCUUUAUUCGUGAAGCUGUUACUCAUUUAGCGUGUCGUUAAAGUCGUCCUGAAAUAAACAAAUAAACAAACCAAUAUCAUAGUUAAAAACUAUAUUCUAUAUUAUAGUUUAAAAAAUGUUCAUUUUUAAUUUUUGCACACAUUUUUUUGUUUCUGUUUUUUUCUCCAUUCACAAACUUACAAUGAAUAAUAAUAUUUCAGAUUCAUUUUAUAGUUUAUAUCUUAAUAUUAUAUUAAUUAUGUUUUUGGGACGAUGUUUCUGUUUGGUAUAAUGAUUUAUUUUUUUUCAAAUUCCGUGUCAACAAUUAAACUUUUUUUUAAUUCA